AUGGAACAAGCGUUGUGCUAUUUCAGAAAAAGCCCCGCGGAUACAAAGCACAACAAACAGGACACUGACCUCGCUGCUGCAACAGAGGAGCGACGCGCUGCCAGGCUCGCUUUACGACGACUCCGCGACCACCCUCAAGAUUCUCCGGAGGUCAGCGUCGCUGCUGGCAACUGUAAGGAGGCCACUAAAGUGGUCCGUCGCAUCAAGCGACGCCUAUAUCAUGCUCGGCAAGCUGCACUUGUGGCCGAAGUCGCCGAGGCAUGGAGGAAGAAGGACUUUGCAACAGCCUGGAAGGUCUCGCGUAUCUUGGCCGGGAAGAACAUCGGCCCAAAGCGACGGCAGAUGGCUGCGCCAGCCACCCCUCUCUUUGACAAAUCUGAGUGGCUUCACUUCCUGGCGCAACAGGGGCCACAGGGAGGUGUCUCAGCCACCCUUUGCCCGGCCACUGACGUCUCUCCAAACAUGGACGUGCAAGUCUCUGGCGCACACCUUCGCAUGGGGCGCUGGUCAGCGUGGCGAACUCAGCGGGAACUUCGCUACAGCAAGCUUCGCAAAACCCCACCACCUUGGUCCUUUCCUGCUGCUGUUUGGAGAAUGCUGCUGGAGCCAGACAAGGGCACGCGCUGCAGGCAAAAUGGCGUGCGCAACUGCCAAGUGCCCCUGCCCAGUCCAAACGUGUCGUCUGGUUUCCUCAUGCUGCAUGCCAGCAUGCAAGCUUCCCGCGCCAGCCCAAGAUGCUGGCACAAGACCGGAGCCUUCACCAUCGCCAAGAGAAAUGGAAAGACUGGACCAGCGGGCUUGCGCUUGCUACACUCGUUGGAGUCUCUCGGCAAAGCCUACUACGCGCAAGUGUGGAAGCGUGUCCCUGCCACCUACAAGCGGCACUACGCUGCUGGAUACCUGGCGCAUCGCAGGCGCGAACAGGCCAUCCUGCAACAGAGCCUUUUGCGGCACAGGCUGCAGCAAGGACGUGUGUCUCACUUCACCGCCUUCUACGACCUCGCAAAUGCCUUUGCUUGCGCCAGCCACCAGCGCACCUUGGCACCUUUCCUUGCUUCUACACAACUCCCCAGCGCUGAGUGUGCACACCUGCGACAACGUUUGCAGAUGGCUCAGAUGGUUUUGCCUUGUGCAGAUGGCGCAUUACACUGCAGCAUUGGGAGCGGUACCCUCCCUGGUGACACUAUUGCCGGCCCAUGGUUCUUGGCUGCCUACCACCCCCGCCUGGACAGCUACUUGCAAAGUUCAAAGCGGCUGGCCGUUACAGCCUCCAGUCCCGAGCUGCAGCGUGGGUUGGCAAACAUACUGGCGGGCAAUCUGGCGGUUGAGCGUUCGGAGUCUGUUGACCCGCCCUCCGUGCCCAUGCAAAUGGAUGUUUCGCUAUCUUCUUACGCUGAUGAUGUGGCAAGAACCAUGCGAGCAGACAGUGCGCUCUGCCUCCACAAUGCCGCGUCGCUGUCGAGCACCCUUCUUUCACGUGCGCUGGCUCCGGACUUUGCGCAAAAUGAAGCCAAGCAAGAGGUGCUGCCCUUCUUUGCCGGACAGGGUGCCAACAGCCACCUGCGAAACGCUUUCACUCUUCCCAGAAUCGUCCCUGGCAGCGUGCAGCGACACGCUCGUUACCUGGGGCCGUACUUGGCUUUUGAUGGCCAACUCCAUGAUGAACGAGGCCGUAGAGUACAAGCAGCCAGAACUGCGUACUAUGCUCUCGGCAAGUUCUGGGCCAAGUGUCGUGUCAAAAGAUGGAGACUUACGGUCUUCAAGAGCAUGGUUGUGGGAGCUGCCUACAGCGGACUGGUUGCUUUUCCUGUGCAGGCGCCUGAUGUGCGUACCCUGGACAAGGAGCUCCUCAAGUUUGGUAGAAAGGUCUUACAAGGCACAGCGUGCGAGAAAAGUGUGGACAAAUACAAGGCCCUCUCAAACGACCAUGUGUGGCGCCUCCUGCGUUCUGCACCUACAGCUGUUGAAUUGUCAGUGCAACGCCUGCAGUGGUGGCAGCGCAUUGUGGCUAGGCCCGAGGAGCACCUCGCGCUCCUCUUCACAUUUUUCGGGCACAUCCCUGGCACUCCGGCGCCUUUCGACGAGAACGGUGCCAUCCAUGAUCGGUCACACGCUUGGAUGCGACAGCUGGGUGAAGACAUUCGACAGCUGGCUACAUGGGACAGCAGUGGUUUCAUGUCUGCGGCUGCUGACGGGCCGCUCGUGCUGUUCGUUGAUGCAGACUUCCGUGAAGCCUUCUUGCAACAAGAUCCGGCAGAACUCAGGACGAGGUACUUGGGAGGCCUGGUCCCCCCUCCAGGUUUGUCGCUUCCGUCUGCUGCGCCUCCAGGAGCGGAUGCCGCCGAUGAGACUUUUGCAUGUGAUGCGCUGCUCGCUGAUGGCCAGCCGUGCAAUGCCACCUUCCCCACUUACCGUGCUCUCGCAGUACAUCUGGCUCACAGCAAACAACAUGAACAAAGGCGCUCUUUGGCAACACUGCUCACCAUCAGUAACCAGUGCUGCGCAUGCCGGGCUACCUUGGCCUCUGUGCGAGUGGCGCGCAACCAUUUGCAUGAUAGCAUCAGACGAGGGUACUGUAGCCAGACGGCAGGCAGCGCUACAGUGCAUCAAGUACACGCGAGCUUGCCUUGCAAGUGUGCAAUCUGUGAUGUUCCGCUCCGACUGCUGGGUGAGGCUCAAGCACACUUGGCGUCGCACCUGCCCACUGCGUUCCGGAGACCGCGCAUCGACUACUACUUCCAGCGCCAUGGCCGACCAGUGGGCAGCGCACCUUCGGCCUCAGCUUGA